ACAGAGGGAGGCGGAGCGGGAGGGACAGAGGGAGGCGGAGCGGGAGGGACAGAGGGAGGCGGAGCGGGAGAGACAGAGUGUAGAAGAAUUGGAGAUAAUUAAGAAGCUGGAGAGAAGACAACUGUUUGAGAAACAGAAUGAGAGAGAGAGACAACAGCUUCAAAAGCAGAGACUGAGGGAGAAGAUGGAGAAAGAGGAGCAGGAAAAUAUGAGACAGGUAGCUAGACAACAGGAGGCAGAGAGACAGAGAAUCCUGGAGAGACAGAGGAGAGAGAACCAGGAGAGGGGGGUGCUGGACUCCUUACUUCUCAGACCUAAAGUGCUGGAUCUAGACUCUGUGUCUCUGGGUGUCCUGCACUCCAGAGGCAGUCCCCACUCCCCUGGUGCCCGAUGGAAGCAUCCAUCUCCCCGGGGAGAGGACCACUACAGGCCUGGCAUCCUGGACAUAGACUCAUUCAGGUCCCAGACCCAGAUGCAGCCCUCGUCCACUAGAGAGGUGUUCCCUAUCGCUGGCAUCAAGGGCUCAGACCCAGGUAGUGGGGUGAGAUCCCACACUCCAGAGAGGGACGUUAGCCGUAGGGUGGGUGCAGUGGGGCGACCCAGCCCAGUGUGGGCCCCCUCUCAGCAGGAGCUGUGGGAGCAAAGGCUAGGAUUCAAUGAGGAAUCGGUGGACAGGCCCAUGGCUGGACCAGAACCACCCAGGAAGCCUGCCAAUAAACCCAGCCUGGAGCAGCUCCUCCAUAGGCAGUUGGACAGGGCCACGGCCCCCAUUCUGGUCCCAGAGAGACGCUGGUCUGGUAUGCCCAGUGAAGCAUCCUUCCCCAGGAGAGAGCCCUACAGCCCUGGGUCCCCCAUGGAGCAGACCUGGUUCCCCCAGGACUCAGAGCCCCAGGGGCACAGGGUAGAGGCCAGAGGACAGAGGAGAUCUCAGGGCUACCAGGAGCUGAACCGAAUGAGGUCCCGCAGUGUGUCCCGUCGAUCGGCCCCGUCUGAGAGUGCUGUGGAGGGGAGCCUGUCCAGGAUGAGGAGCAGGAGUGCACAUAGAGAGAGGGACCGACAGAGCUGGGAGCAGUUGAAGCAGAGUGUUGAUGGUGAGGAAGAGGGGCGAGACAUAGACACACUGGUCCAUGAGACAGACAGCCAGUAUGGGACCUGGGAGACAGGACUGCGCACUGACGAUAGCCUGACUCCUGCCACGCCCACCUCAGACAGCAACCUCAGCCAGUCGCCUAGGAAACCCAUUCCGCCCCACACACCAGGGGAACAUGCCCCACGCAGCGACCUGGACACUCCAGAUGGCUUCUCCCCCUCGGUCCAGCCCGAGAUGCAACUACUCCCCUUCCCUGAGGCCUCCACCAUCCUGCUGGACUCCAGUGCUCUGCGCUCCAGGGUGCAGCUGAGUAAGAUGCGGGGGCCACGUUCGCGCCCCUCCAGGGUGGCUCGUCAGACUGCUGCUAUGUCUGUACACCUUGAGGGACAGACCGCACCCACUGAGGACUGGCGCUCCCGAGACUCAACAGAGGACAACAUUGAGUUUUCCAAGCAGGAGGACUCAGACUCUGAGGAGCAGGAGAGAGGAGUAGACCCCCGCUCUGCUGCUGCCUCCUCCCAGCCCCAGAGAGUCGCCCUCUUUCCUGGGAUGGACCCCUCCGCUCUCAAGGCCCAGCUCAAGAAGAGAGGAGACUCUGACAACCAGACAGACGGAGCCGCCCCAUCUCCCUCCCAGCUGUCCCGUUCUCCUAAAUCCCCCUUCUUGCCCCAGGCGUCCCGUGUGCUGCCCCCCUCUGGAGGGAAAGAAAAUGGGGAGGAGGCCUCACCACAGUGGCUGAGAGAACUGAAGUCUAAGAAGCGCUCGAGUCAGUAUGAAAAUGACAGCUAAGUGUGAAUGAGCAGGUUGCCUUAACUGAAUAAUCUGGUGGAGAAUUGGAGACAGAAGCCUUAACCUUUGACCCUGAGAAGAUGGAAACUCUGCUGCUGACAUUGUAAUUUGUCAUCUGUUUGUUCAUUUUAUCUGUUCUCUUCCUGCCCGGGUCACAUACAUGUGCAUGGUGCCUUUUUGCAGACAACCUCGGUCUUAUGGAUGAAACGACCCAGGUUAAAUAUCUGGCUGCUCGGCUCCGUUUGUCCAUUUCCUUUGCAUAGAGCCACUUUACCCUCUCACCUGACGGGAGAAUACAAAAGGGGGGAAACCCUUUCUCUCCUGUCAGGUUGCAUUUCAGGACUGGUUAAACUUGUGGGACCACACGCCUCUUAACCUGGAAGUGCUUCAAUAAGCUGGAGGACAGUCUAGUACCUCCACAAGAUAUAAAUGUAUUUCUUUUUUUAAAUGUAUUUUUCAGGUUUGUCUACGCGUUACAUUUCUAUGUGUAUCUAUCAGUCAGGGGGUGUUGGUAAUAGUCAACAUAGGAUAACAUUUCUGAUUUUAUUUUUUGUCAUUGAUCAUAAAGAACAAAACACUGCUGAACUAAUGUUCAGCCAGGCUGUAUAUUAUGUGUUAGUAAUAAAUAUGGUAUCUAAUCAUGAAAUAUUAUAUUUGUAUUGUUGCUAAUUUCACAGAUGAAUCAUAACAUGUUUGAGUGUUUAGUUUUGUACGGAGAUCAUUGCAAGUAUCACUACAGCAGAGGCUCCCAAGCCCAUUCCUCUGAUGAACUGACUGGGGAUCUGUUGUGUUGACCUUCUAACUGAUGGGUGAAAUGCUGUGGGUUCAGUCUCUUUUCAAUCAUCAUGUCUGAAUAUCUGUUUCUACUGGUGUUUGUAUUUCUUAAGGAUCCCCAUUAGCUGCUGCCAAGGCAGUUAUAUACAAUUAAAAAAUAACACUUUUCGCAACACAUUGUGUUCCCUCAGGCCACUACUCUACUAACACAUAUCUACAAUACAACAUCCAUGUGUACGUGUGUGUGUGGAGUGCAUGUGGGGUGGAAAAGGGGAGGAGAAGGGUUAAUCACAUUGGAGGACUCAAUUACACUCCUACACACACACACACACACACACAUCAGCCUGUUCUUCCUCCCUUUACCUUCACUUACCUCUUCAGUGUAAGAUCAAAUGAUUGUGUGUGAUAGUGAUGGCUGAGUGUGUAAGGAAAAUAUGAUGGAUGAGUGUGUACGGAUUGCAAUGAAAAUGGUCUAACUGUAUGUGUUACCAAUGAGCCAUACAUUCAAUGUGCACUCCCUGGGUUCUGUUUUAUCAGGAUGUCUGCAACAUCUCCCAUUUAGAGAGAGAUUUUACCCACCUAUUCUUUUAUCACUACAUCACUGUUGACAACAUGUAUGUUGACCAUGUUAGCCAUGCUGCACUGUCCCACUACUUCCAUUAAGCACUUUGUCAGUUAAUGCACUACAGCACUGACCUGUGCACUGGCUAUUCUGUUAUACGUCCCACCUUCCACAUGUUCAUAGACCGAUGUUGGAAUGCUAAUGGAAUGAAAGCGAAUGUGUUGAUUGGAUCUUUGGAGUCGUCGUCCCUAUGGUGUCCAUGGCGUUUGACUUUGUCAUGACUUGUCAGUUUGAGGGUUUAUUUUUUUCUCUCAUUUUAUUUUUAAAAAUAAAAUAUGUAUAUUACAUUGUUUUAAUGCCAGUGUCCAAAAUUGUAACUUCUUAAUAAAAUGUACUGAGUUGA